GCUCCGUGCCGCGAACUCCUUUAGAUGUCCCGUGGUGGCAGCUGGAGGACCAGGCGGAGCGCCUCAUGGCUCCCCGGAUGCCUUUUCGGGUUGAGCAGGUUUCGCCUCCCCCGGUGAAAAAGCUGGGCUACGCCUUGCUAGAUGCCAGGACUGCCCGAGGAGACGUCAUCAACAUGAAGGGCACGGAGAAGGACGACUACGUCGUGAGCAAGGUUCGAUUCCUCUACGACCUCGUGGGCGGCAAGUAUCGUAUCAGGACGAAAGUUCUGGAGGUCCAGACCCCGAGGCGCUACAAGAUCAACGAGAAGCUGGCCGGGCUGGUGAACCGCGACGAAGUCUCCUGA